UUUCGGGAAAGGUGGUUAUGGGGAGUAGUUGUCUUCAGGCACCAGAGUGUUAAAUGCACUGAAGUAUCCAGUCUUCACCAUUGAAUUUCUACGCUCUACUCAUCUUCCUCUCCGUUGUCCAUCAUCAAGAAGCUAGAGUUUUUUCAGCAUGAGAAUAAUACUUAGAACCAGCUGUGUUGCUCUCUUUCUCUGCCUCCUCCUGUUUCCUGCCGUUUUCUCUGUGCCGGAUGAGGGAUUGGUCAGAAUUGGCCUCAAAAAGAGAAACCUCGAUCAUCUAAACCGCAUGGAUAUCCACCUCAAGUCUAAGAAAGCAGAGUUGUUAAGAUCAUCUGUUAAGAAGUAUCAUCUUGGUGGGAACUUGGCAGUUGAAGAGGAUGUUGAUGUUUUGACAUUAAAGAACUAUCUGGAUGCUCAAUAUUUUGGAGAGAUUGGAAUUGGCUAUCCUCCACAAAAUUUUACGGUGGUAUUUGAUACUGGUAGUUCCAACCUAUGGGUGCCUUCUUCUAAGUGUUAUUUUUCGAUUUCUUGCUACUUGCAUGCAAGGUACAGGUCCAGGAGCUCAAGUACACACAGAGAAAACGGUAAACCUGCAGCUAUCCAUUAUGGGACAGGAGCUAUUUCUGGAUUCUUUAGUCAGGAUAAUGUAAAAGUCGGGGAUCUUGUGAUUGAAAAUCAGGAAUUUAUUGAGGCAACUAGUGAACCCGGCAUCACGUUUUUGGUGGCUAAGUUUGAUGGUAUACUUGGACUUGGAUUUCAAGAUAUUUCUGUUGGAAAUGCUGUACCAGUAUGGUACAAUAUGGUCAAUCAAGGUCUUGUAAAGGAACAAGUUUUCUCAUUUUGGUUAAAUCGCAAUGUGGACGAAGAAGAGGGGGGUGAAAUAGUAUUUGGUGGGAUGGAUCCUAAUCAUUAUAAGGGAGAGCACACAUAUGUUCCAGUGACAAGUAAAGGUUACUGGCAGUUUGAUAUGGGUGAUUUCUUGAUUGGCCACAAAACUACUGGAAUUUGCACCAAUGGUUGUGCAGCAAUUGCUGAUUCUGGGACCUCUUUGUUGGCUGGACCUACGGCUAUUAUUGCUGAAAUCAAUCAUGCUAUUGGUGCCACUGGAGUUGUAAGUCGAGAAUGUAAAGAAGUGGUUUCAGAAUAUGGAGAAACCAUAAUUCAUAUGCUUUUAGCAAAGGAUGAGCCACAGAAACUAUGUUCACAAAUUGGUCUUUGUAUCUUUGAUGGGACUCGGGGUGUAAGUACGGACAUUGAGCAAGUCGUGGAUAAGAAUAAUCAAAAAGCAUCUGGUGGUUUGCAUGAUACUAUGUGUGCUGCUUGUGAGAUGGCAGUUGUAUGGAUUCAGAAUCAGCUCCAGCAAAAUCAGACAAAGGAUCGAAUAUUUACCUACAUCAAUGAGAUCUGUGAUCGAUUGCCUAGCCCAAUGGGAGAAUCAGCAGUUGAUUGUAGCAGUUUGUCUUCAAUGCCAAAUGUUUCCUUUACAAUUGGUGGGAAGGAAUUUGCCCUCAGUCCAAGUCAGUACAUCCUCAAAGUGGGCGAUGGAGCUGCAGCUCAGUGCAUUAGCGGAUUUAUUGCUUUUGACGUGCCUUCACCUCGUGGACCUCUCUGGAUCUUGGGCGAUGUUUUCAUGGGUCCAUACCAUACAGUAUUUGACUACGGGAAUUUGAGAGUUGGAUUUGCCGAGGCUGCAUAACUGAAGUUCAUUCAACUGAUUCUGGUAGCUAUCCUAUCCCUACUACUGUUAAAUGGCCUUUAUUAGGGAUUAUAUCCUGCAUGCCAUGUAAAUAUCCACGCAGUAGGAUGGAUAAUUUCUUGUCUGAAUUGGUGACUGCUCUGCACCUUGUUGUAAGUGGAGUACUUUUCACUUAAAUUAUGUGACUUGGUAUCAUAUGCCCGUUUUGGAUAUUUUAGGCUUCUUUUUAUUUUGCUAAAA